AUGCCUGCCCAUGUCCCUGAGGUUGGGCAUAAGUAUAUUAAUGACUACAAUGGCUAUACGUAUAAUAUUCAUACGUUCUUGUAUGACCUGAUUGUGUUCCUUUUCAACGCUGUGAUAACUACAUUCUUCAGAGAGAUCAAAGUCCGUGGUGGUUACAAUGUGCCUCCUCGAGGAGUACCCACUAUCCUAGUGUGUGCACCUCAUGCUAAUCAAUUCAUCGACCCUACUCUGGUUAUGAUAACUACUCGCCAGUUAGGGUACAUCAGAGGUAAGUUGAGGUCAAGACAAGCAUGUUUUGUCACUGCUGCAAGUAGUUUGAAGAUGAAGUUUGUGGGCCUAUUUGGUAACGCUAUGGGUAGUAUCCCUGUUCCCAGGAUUCAGGAUAAUUUAAAGGAUAUGGAUUCCAACUUGAUAAUAUAUGCUCCUGAUUUUGAAAAUAACCCUACUAUGUUGAAAGGGAAAUGUCUUGAUGGUUCAAAUCCAGGGUUUACUACCAAGUUUACUGUUAAGUCGCUAAUUGGGUUGCCAAAUUACUUGAGUAACGCAAAUAUCGCCGAAAUUCCUGAUGACUCAACUAUAGUCUUAUCUGCACCAUUUAAGAAUGAUAAGAAUGGUAAAGUAGCAGAAUUGUUAACACAAGGUACAACUUUCAAAUAUGCCGAAAAGAUUGAUAACACUGAGACUUUUCAGAGUGUUUUUGACCACUUACACACUAAAGGUUGCGUCGGUAUAUUCCCUGAAGGUGGUUCUCAUGAUAGGCCUUCUUUAUUGCCAAUUAAGGCUGGUGUUGCAAUUAUGGCUCUUGGUGCUGCUGCCGCAGACCCAAAAAUGGAAGUAGCUGUGGUGCCAGUUGGCUUACAUUACUUUCAUAGAAAUAAAUUUAGAUCAAGAGCAGUGAUUGAAUAUGGUGAACCUAUUAUGGUUAAUGGUGAUAUGGGUAAAGAAUAUAAACAGCAACCUCGUGAAACCGUCUCUAGACUACUUAAGAAAGUGUCUGAUGCACUUUUUACACUGACAGAGAAUGCUCCUGAUUACGAAACUCUGAUGACAAUUCAAGCUGCUAGACGACUAUUCCAAACUAAUAAUAGUAGAAUUCCAUUGCCAGCAGUUGUAGAAAUACAAAGAAGAUUAUUAGUUGGUUAUAAGAAGUUCCAAAGCGACCCAAGGAUAAUGCACUUGCAAAACUCAGUUAAAGAGUAUAAUAAUAAGUUAUAUUCAAUGGGUCUCAAAGAUCAUCAAGUCAUGUCCUUGAAAACAAAACCAUAUGAGACCUUGAGAUGUGCUGUGACUUUACUUCAAAGAAUAUUUAGAGUCACAUUAUUCUUUUUCCUAUCUUUACCUGGUUCCAUAAUGUUUUUACCAAUUUUUGUUGGCUCUCAUUUCUAUUCUAAGAAGAAGCAAAGAGAAGGUUUGAAAAAGUCAUCUGUUAAAAUUGAAGGUAAGGACCUUAUAGCAACAUGGAAGCUUAUUGUUGCUUUGUUAAUGGCACCCAGUUUAUAUAUCACUUAUACCAUAAUACUUAUGGUUUUACAUCAAAGAAGAUCUAAAUAUGUAUGGUGGGUUUGGGUUCCUACGGAAAAUAAGGUGAUCCAGUUUAUUUACUUUUACAUGCUUUUGGUGUUAGUUGCAUAUUCCUCAUUAAAAACAGGUGAAAUUGGGUUUGACUUAUUUAAAUCAUUAAGGCCACUAAUGAUAUCGCUGGUUUACCCACAGGAUUAUAUUCAUGAGCUACAGACUAGAAGAAAAGAACUAAGUAAUGAGGUUACAGAGAUCUGUAAUGAACUAGGUCCACAAGUAUUUCCCGAUUAUGAAAAGUUUGCCUCCUCUUAUCUAAUCAAGAAAGACAAGAAAGAUGAAAGUAAACCUGAAAAGGACUAUCUCAGUCAAAAUAGCACAGGCCUUUCAGGUCGUAGUAGAUCGUCAUCUAUUUAUUCUAUGAUAUCUAAUGUUUCAAACUCAUUAUCGAGGGUUAAUUCAAGAGGUUCUCUAACUGAUGUUCCCAUUUUCUCAGAUUCCCGUCAAGGCGAAUGGACCAAUAUUACAUCUGAUGAUGAGCAAUCUAAUAGUAAAGAAGAAACACCAACAAAUAAAUUAAGCUCGAAAAUCACUGAUUUAAUGAGGAGUAAACGUGAAAAGGAAAAGGUUGAUUAG